CACCGGCGGCAGCGGCAGCACGUGCGACCUCCGGCUCCCAGCCCGAGAUAGGACGCCAUGAGGACAGGACUGGUCAUCGCCCUGCUGAGCUGCUGGGCCGCUGGAGCGGCGGCCCACGACUUGGACGCCCUCAAGACGCUGGCGUCUGCCAGCCUGGGUGAAGCACCCCACAGUCGCGUCCGGAGAAACCUGAACGAACUGGGGGCUGCCGGACACCACGCUCACGGAGCUCAUGGACACCAUGGGGCUCACGGAGACCAUGGAGCUCACGGAGAUCACGGAGACCAUGGAGCUCAUGGGGAUCACGGAGACCAUGGAGCUCACGGAGCGCACGGAGACCAUGGAGCUCAUGGCCAACAUGGAGCGCAUGGGGAUCAUGCGGCACAUGGAGAUCACGGGGCUCACGGCGACCAUGGAGAUCACGGAGCUCACGGAGCUCACGGACAUCACGGCGAGGCGUCAGAGAACAGCGAGCUGUCCGUGUGGAUGCUGAUCUCGGAGACGGACAACUACGGUUGCGUGGCCAAGUUUACCUGUCUGCUGGAGGCCAAGAACCAGAAUAACACCAUGACCAACCAGGAAGCUAUCGUGCACGAGUACAUCACGAAGCGGCCAAAUGCGGAUGAAGUGGUUGAGAUGAGCAUCCUGAAGGCCCCUUACUACUUUGCCGCCUUCGUCGGGGACCGCUUCGGCACCGAGAUGUGCAGCCAGUUCUUCCCCGACUGCACGCACCAGUUCGGCGAGAUGCUCAGCUUCGUCAACAAGUUUGACAUCUCACCCGCCGGAGACAGGGCAUGAAGGGAGCCGCAGACGGAACGCAGCAACGCAGCCGAACGGUUGGGAUUGUGUGCCACGCUAUCAAGCGUCACACAUCAGAGGUCCACAUUCACACACAUACAGAUUAGGUGUUAGCAGUCUCGGGUUAGUUCCAAGUGGAGCGAAUAUAUGCCGAAAUAUGUAAAGCAGGUUGAAUGGGGCCCGUAAGCAUGUACUAAGCAGCUGUAGUGCCAGAUGGUAGACAGACGUGCGUUUCCUGUGACUAAAGUAUCAAUGACCGGAGCCAUUCAGCAUGUCGACGUCACUGUUCUGGCCCGUGGCAGUGAAGGUCAGUGCCAGUCCUUCACUGCCAGUGCUGUCACGUGACCUCUCUUCACCUUCUCUGGAUACCGAUGGUCUGGCAUGAGCCGCCGACGAAGACAUAGGGCGGCGAACCCGAUGAAAUAGGUCGCGGGGUUUGUGGCUGAAGCGGGAUUCGGGAAUAGGCGCUGUUUCCCAAGGCAUGUCUGUGUGCCAGGACCCCGUCUUUUUGGGAAGUGAUUCAGUUGUGGUGUUGCAGCAUGCUUAUCGAGAGUAUCCAUCAGUAUCCUGUUAUUGUAUCAUUCGCUCAUAAAUAUGCGUAACUUG